UCAAAUCUUCUAUACUAGUCUUCUUGCUUGGUUUUAAUUUGCAACUCUCAUCUUCCUGCCAUGGCUGCUUCCAAACACUGCUUCCUUCUGUAUUUGAUCGUGGCUCUGUCAUUGUCAAGCAUCAGUACGAGCACAGCGGCACGCCGUCUAUUGGAUACAGCAGCUCCGCCCCCUGUGCUGCCUCUCCCCACCAUCCCAACCUUGCCUCAGGCAACAAUGCCUCCAUUGCCGGCAAUGCCGUCGUUGCCUCAGGCAACAUUGCCACCAAUGCCGACAACCCAGGUGCCUCCUUUGCCUACUAUUCCCAAUAUGCCAAUACCCACCACAAUGCCUCCUCUGCCAAGUACCCAGAUACCUUCUUCUUUGCCUAAGCUAACAUUGCCACCAAUGCCUACACUGCCCACCAUGCCCACAAUUCCAAAGGUUGCUCUGCCUCCAUUGCCCACUAUCCCAACAACAAUUCCUUCCAUCCCUACCACAAUCCCUUUUCUCUCCCCACCACCUGCAACUACUAGCCCUUAAAAACCCACUAUACUAUCCAUUUAUUUCCCUUUAUAGUAUUGGGGAUGUACUAGAAUCCAUAUUUAAAAAGGGGAAAUAUCAAUACAUUUGGAUAUUUCUUGCUGGAGUUUUUACUUCAUUAUUGAGGUUGCUCGAACCUGUUUUUGCUGGUUUCUUGGCACCUUAGGUGGCUCAAAUUUGUUUCAGUUUCUAGUUUGUGUGGCUUGUAAUAGUUUCCAUAUUUUUAGGAAUCUGAGCUUGAUUCCCAUGAUUUCAUUAAUAUAGUAUCUAUUUGUGUAUUCUUAUGAA